UUUCAGCGAAUUGCAUUAAGUGCAAUUAUUGACCGUUUUGUUUUGCUCGCCCUAUUCGCUUAUGACACUGAAAUUUUCAGUGAACGAGUUUCGCAAAUUUACGUAAAUUGUUGAAUUCGAAUAAAAUCGCAUAAAUUAUGUCGAGACAUGCUUUAAUCGGCGGAGGUACAGGAUUCAUUGGCAAAGGGUUAAGCAAACACUUAAUUAAAAAUGGUUAUGAUGUCACUGUAAUAUCCCGAAUGCCUGGGCUAAAGCGCAUAACUUGGCUGGAACUAGAACGAAACGGCAUACCAAAUGGCAUUACGGCCGUUGUAAACUUAGCAGGUCAAAAUGUGUUAGAUCCAAGUCGUCGUUGGACUGAUGGCUUUAAACAAAAUGUGUGGACAUCUAGAGUUAAUACAAGUGCAGCAUUAGUAAAAGCAAUAGCAGAUGCACCUCAAGUCAAAGCCUUUGUCAAUAUAUCAGGUGUAAGUCAUUAUAAGCCUAAUGAUAAGAUAAUUUAUACUGAGUGCGAUCCGGUGGAAGGAUUUGGUUUUAUGUCGCGUUUAUGUUUGGAGUGGGAGAAAGCAGCAACAAUACCGGCGAAUGUUACACACUGUAGAGGCGUUAAAAUACGUACUGGUGUAGUAAUAGGACGAACAGGUGGAAUGAUUCAGAAUAUUUGGCUUCCUUUUCAAUUGGGCCUAGGCGGUCCUCUGGGCUCUGGGAAACAAAUUCUGCCUUGGAUUCAUUUAUAUGACUUAUGUCAGUUAGUACAUAACAGUAUUGAAAAUGAAAAAAUAAAGGGAGUUUUAAAUGGAGUGGCGCCACAUAUUGUAACAAAUGGCGAAUUUUCUAAGGCAUUUGCUUCUGCUUUGCGACGUCCUUGCCUGUUCGCAGUUCCUGAAUUUGUGGUACAAGCCCUUUUUGGCAAAGACCGUUCGGCGUUGCUGCUAUCUGGUGCUAAAAUUCAACCAAAAAUAACUUUAGAGAGUGGGUUUAAAUUUAAGUAUCCCACUGCUAGGGAAGCGUGCUUAGAAGUUGUGCAGAAAAAGUAAAUUUAACAUUAAACUUAAACCGCACAUAUAUGUAUAUAUGUAGUACAUAAUAUUUUAUUUGAUCAGCUUGCCAAAGAUAAACAAGCACGAUGGAGAAAAAAUGUGUAGUCUGUACUUAAAUAACUACAAUUAAUUGUUAUAUUGAGUCUCGAAUCGUCUGGUAACGCUGUGAAGAGUUCUGACACGUCAGUUGUCAGCUGUCAAUUUAAGCAGAAUUUUCUAUCGUUUGUACAACUAAAAAAGUUAAACGUAAAAGCAAACAAAAUCGUUUUAUUCGAUAUUUGUUUAUAAUAAACCAAAGAUAGUACUUUAAUUCCCA